CAGGUUUUCCGAGUCUAUGAAUCUGGUUAAGAUUCUAUACAUCGUCAAGGACCCCCUUACAAAAGUACAGUGAUCAAACGUAAAAUCAUCCAAGUUCGGCGAUCAGGAUCGCGAUGGUAACGAUUAUCAUGAUAUUCCUGUGUCACAUAACACGAACGAAAUGUAUGUUGGUCCAAUAGAACGAACACCCUUCUUUACGAAAUGAUUAGUGACAAAGAUAAACUACAAAAUGAAAAAUAACGAACAAUGCAAUAUGAAUAAAAAAGGGAGAGCAAUGAAAUCAAAAGUAACGGCCGACAAUAUACCACGUGUGAAAUAUAAUGAACGCAGCGAUCGAAUCAUCGGAAGAUGUUUGUGGUUCCGAGCGAAUCAAACUAAAGAUAUCGUCCCUCGCUGGUUACGUAAUUUGCUCGAUUCUUGUCCUGAAAUACAACUACAACGAGUGAACAUUUAGACAAGCGUUAUCAUUCUCAAAGGAGAAUGGCUAUAUAUCCGUGGCAGCGAGUCGCACGGUGUCCUCAGUAGAAGAUGAUAGAGGACCAGGUGCAUCAACAUCCGGUACGACUACCUCCCGACAAGCACGCCCAUGUCGAUGUUACAGGAGCCAAAUUCGAAAAUGAACAAUGUAAAGAACCUCUGCUUUCCGAAAAGCAAACUUCCCACAGGGUAACACCAGUGGAUACUCGUUCGCGCACUAUCUCGGAAUCAACAAUCGGAAACGUGACUAUGGGUACGACUUCAGCUACAAGUACGAGUAUGAUCACGGUCACGGGUAUGGGUACAGGCACAAAUCCGAACGCAUGGAUGGACACUGCUGUUGGGGUUAAUACUACGACUGAUCCCACUGAUAAAUCUGUGGAAGAAGAUUCCGUAGAAGUACCCAUCUUCGAUGAGGGAACUACCGAUAGCAGCCGUCUUCCCGACGUUGUAGCUGAGAGUAAAAUUUACGGUGUAACCGAGGACGAACCCCUUGAAUCGUACCUGGCGAUCACUAUACAAGUUUUCAUACCGUUUCUCAUCGCAGGCCUGGGCAUGGUGGGAGCUGGACUAGUUUUAGAUUUGGUUCAUCACUGGGUUGUGUUCGAAGAAGUGAGCGAACUCAUGAUUCUGGUACCAGCACUGUUGGGUUUAAAAGGAAAUUUGGAAAUGACUCUCGCAUCUCGCCUUUCGACUCAAGCAAAUCUCGGGCAUAUGGACACACCGAAACAACAAUGGUACAUGAUCGUUGGAAACCUCGUUUUGAUUCAAUGCCAGGCGAUAGUGGUUGGAUUUCUGGGCUCUGUGGUGGCGAUCGUAAUGGGGGCGUUUCGGAACGGUAGCAUCUCGUUGGAUCACGCAUACCUAUUGUGUGCAAGUAGCCUAGUUACCGCGUCCCUGGCUUCCUUCGUCCUCGGAUUAAUAACCGCAGGUGUGAUUGUUUUCUCCCGUCAUUGUCACAUAAAUCCGGAUAACGUCGCGACCCCGAUUGCCGCGAGUCUUGGGGACAUCACAUCUUUAGCUUUGCUUUCUUGGAUAUCUACGAUUCUCUACGAAUCAAUAAAUAAACAAGAUUGGGUCGCGCCCCUUGUGAUCGCUUGCUACAUCCUAGUCACACCGCUCUGGGUAUGGAUCGCCAAGAGAAACAAGUAUACCAACGAUGUACUCUACUCCGGAUGGACUCCUGUCAUGAUCGCUAUGUUGAUCAGUAGCUGCGGUGGUCUAAUACUUGAAUUCAUGGUGUCACGUUUCGAAAAUCUCACCGUUUUCCAACCGGUGAUCAACGGCGUCGGUGGAAAUUUGGUAGCUGUGCAAGCAAGCAGAAUAUCCACAGCCCUUCACAAGCAAGCCGAGCUAGGAACGCUUCUAAUUCCACCGGGUCACACGCAUCCUGUUAUUUUCAUCACACCUAUCGCUAACUUCUUUGGCAAAGGUAUGCACGCGAGGACAACAAGGGUUCUAAUGGCGAUGGUUAUACCAGGACAUAUAAUUUUUAUUUAUCUAAUCAAUUAUAUGAAGGAUGGCAAUGCUUCGUUGACGCCUCUCUUCGUUUUUGUUUACUUGUGUGCCGCCAUGCUGCAGGUUGCAGCUCUCCUCUACAUUGCUUACAUAAUGAUACAUUGGAUGUGGAAGCGAAAAAUCGAUCCCGACAAUUCAGCCAUUCCAUAUUUGACGGCAAUGGGAGAUCUAUUAGGCAUCAGUUUGUUGGCUAUUGCUUUUCAAUUCCUCUAUCUCGUUGGAGAUCAAGAUUCUGAUCGAACCAUCUCUCCGUAAAUCUUUCUUUUCUUUUCAAUCGAACGCAAAUAUUUUCUUCGUUGCUUCUAACCAGACGACGAUUCAUAUCGAUAUAUCGCAAAAAAUAUCUUCUCUCGGAAAAAGGAUAAUUAAAUAUAAUCGAUUAUAUUUCUUCCAUUGUUAUCAUCAUCAACCAUACCGCGAAAUUUCGUUACCGUCACUAUCGCCAUCGCCAUCGCCAUCGCCAUCGCCAUCGUCAUCGUCAUCGUCAUCGUCAUCGUCA